UGGCAGAGCGGGAAGCAGCGGCGGAAAGGCUGAGCGGGGCUUCUCGCAGCACACUUGCUAUGACAGACCCGGACGUUCUCACUGAAGUCCCUGCUGCACUAAAGCGCCUUGCCAAGUAUGUUGUGCGUGGCUUCUAUGGGACAGAACAUGCUCUGGCCCUAGAUAUUCUGAUUCGGAAUCCCUGCGUCAAGGAAGAGGACAUGUUGGAAUUGCUCAAGUUUGACCGGAAGCAGCUGCGAGCUGUUCUCAACACUCUCAAAGGAGACAAGUUCAUCAAAUGUAGGAUGAGAGUAGAAACUGCCGCAGAUGGCAAAACCACCCGGCACAACUAUUACUUUAUCAACUACCGCCUGCUAGUCAAUGUGGUGAAGUAUAAACUAGAUCACAUGAGGAGGAGAAUUGAGACUGACGAAAGAGACUCUACCAACCGAGCUUCUUUCAGGUGUCCCAUUUGCUUCAGCACCUUCACGGACCUGGAGGCCAAUCAGUUAUUUGAUCCUAUGACAGGAAUUUUCCGCUGUACCUUUUGUGAGACAGAAGUGGAGGAAGAUGAGUCGGCUAUGCCCAAAAAGGAUGCCCGGACUCUGGUGGCUCGGUUUAAUGAACAGAUCGAGCCAAUCUAUGCCUUGCUGCGUGAAACGGAGGAUGUGAACUUGGCCUAUGAGAUUCUGGAACCAGAGCCGACGGAGAUCCUCACACUGAAGCAGAGCAAGGAGCGGGCUGCCAAUGCGGCGGGGCCCGGUGGCCUGCCAAGCGGGCCGCACAGGGAAGCUUGGACCUCAAAGGGACCCUCUUACGAGGACUUGUACACCCAGAACGUCAUCAUCAGCAUGGAGGACCAGGAGGACGCGCAUCAGCCAGCCAACGAAGGGAAGCCGCCCCGAGAGAGGCCAGUCUGGCUGAGGGAGAGCACCGUGCAGGGAGCUUAUGAUCCUGACGAGGCCAAAGAAGGUGGUCGAGAGGGGAAUAUGUUCCAGGAAGGGGAGGAGGGUCAAGGCGCCCUGGACAAUAAUGAGGAAGUGAUGCGUGCUUUGCUCAUCCAUGAGAAGAAAACCCCGUCUGCCUCUGUUGCUGCCCUGGGUGGGGCUGCGCCCUUAUCCAGCAUCAAUGCCAGUGACUCUGAGAGUGAGACGAGCGAGUCAGAUGAGGAGACCCCUCCUCGGGCAGCCGCUGCCUCAGCAACGCUCUACGGGCUGGCAGUGGAAGAUGACGACGAUGAGUUUGAGGUGGUGACUGAGGACCCCACCGUCAUGGUGGCUGGGCGCCCCUUCUCCUACAGCCAGGUGAACCAGCGACCUGAACUGGUGGCCCAGAUGACUCCAGAGGAGAAGGAUCUUUACAUUGCUAUGGGCCAGCGCAUGUUUGAGGACAUGUUUGAUUAGCUUCUUUCUGUCUUCGCCACAUUUGCCGCUGAAAUUAGGGGAGGAAGCAGACGGGCAAAUGAUACAUACCACUCCCCCCCAGAGAUGAGAAGAGAGGGGGUCAGAGAGGGGGUCAGCUGCAUUAUAUACAUGUUUGCAUUCGAGGUAGAGUGUGGGAGCAGGGGUCCCCUUUUUACACAGAAAGGAGCCUGCGGAUAAAAAGAUUCCAAGCCUGUCGUUCCUCUGCCUCACCACACUGCAUUCUCAAGACUGAGGCAGCUUUUUCCCAGCCUUGGGAAGCGUCAAAGUAGAACAAGGGGGUUGCCUUAGAGUCCCUCUUCUGUGUCCUCUUUUCAUGUCAGCAACAGACAGCCACCCACACGAGGCCCUGUGAGCAGAUCUGCACUCAUGUCUAUGCUUAGGAGUGUGAGAGACUUCACAGGGCGUUUUCAGACACAGUCACACGCCGCACAUUGCUCUUCGUAAUCGCCGCAUUUCUAGAUUCUGUUCAUGACCUUGUACUUUUUUUCCAGCCUUGAAAAAUCUGAAUGCUUCUUGCUUACAUUUUGCCUGUUUUGUAAAAGGAUUGUCGAAGCCGUUUGUUUUGUGAUCAUUGAAUUCUGAGAUAGUAGCACCUCUAAAAUAAUACUCUGAAUACUCCUUGUAACCGUUGUGCGUGGGGUUUAUUUGUAAUAACCAGAAGUCAAGCAGGAUUGAGAUGCACCCCACCUCCCAUGCAUCCUUUUCCUCUCCAAUAUAUAUGAUUUAGCAGCCACAGAGAACAUAGUUUCAGCAAUGAUAACCAGUGGGUAUUUGGCAUAGUGUUGUUUGCAAAUUGUUUCUUGGUGAAAAAGCGGCAUUAGGGACAGGUAGGUAUUUCCUGUUUUGCUGAAUUGAGGGGAAAUGCCCAGAGACCACACACAUUCCCAACAUUGCCUCGGUAAAGCAGUCUUGUAAAAUUCUCCUCCUUAAAGAAGACUUCUUUUACAGAUCACUUCCUCUGUUUCCUUGUUUACACCAGUGGAUUCCCAUCCGUUCAUCUAAUCUAAUUACCCUGUAAUGGAGUAAUUUUCAGAUGAGAAAAUUUGGUUUGUAAGUGUAGCUUGCCCUUAUUUUCCCUACCUCUUCUGUAGGUGUUAUGUUCUUCCAGAUGCUCAGCAUGUCAUAAUCAGCCCUCGCUUGGUUGCCAGAAUAACUGAACUAAAAUUUUCAAAUGAGCUUCUUUCUGUGCUGGGCAAUCUUUUGUGUUGAAUGAGCAGAACUGGAGAACGCCAGAAAGGCAGCCGGAGUGACUCUUCUAAUCCCUGGAGUCUUCCUAAGCAAAAGUGCCAUUGCCAGGGGUUAGCACCAAGAUUAGGGCAACUGUUUUGAUUUGGGGGAGGGGGAGACUUAUUUCAGCACAAAUAAAAACGGGGUUUAUUGCUUUUUUUAAAAAGAAUUAUGCAAAAGAAUUAUGCAGAAGUUUGUUCCCAUGUUUAGCAUGGCACUGUCUAGUUGAAUAUUUCCAGCAGUGCCUGUGUGAACAAAUUCAGCUUUGUAAUGGUAACCUUUUAAAAAUGUAUAGCUGUUAAAAAUCAGUUUUGCUUUUUCUUACCUGGCAUUACAGAACAGUAGAGUGGUAAACAGCUUGUGUACUCAGCGUUCAGAUUUCACACAUGCCCUUUUAAUUUACUAGGAUGGUACAAAUUGUUAGGGAAAGCCAUUGUAAAGAGAACCAUGUAUGCUUUGUUGCCCCUGUGGUUUUUGGGGGGUUAUUUUAUUUUCAAACACUUCAUCGUUAACCUUUUAAAAACAAACGUAGUGUCUAAAUUUGUUCAUUGCGUAUUAAAAUAA